AUGGAAACGUCGAAGACAUCGGUUUCCUCUAGCCUACAAAGCGAAACGGUACGGACACACCCAAAAAUUAGAUAUUGUCUGGAGUUUUGUCCAGUGACCCAGAGAGGGCAUCCCACCCAAGUAUUUGCAAUGCUCAAACAACGCCCCUCCUCCAGAGCCCCAACCUCAACUAGUCGCCCUACUGAGACGUCUACUUCUUCGCACACUUACAGCGACGACUCUUCUCAAGAAACAGGUAGCCAGGACUAUAGUUCUGACGAACUGUACGACGACGAAGACGAUUACGACGACGACGACGGUCUUGGCCCGUCUGACUCUGCUUCAACUAGCGACCACGAUCAACAUUAUCGCCAUCACGUACCGGCUCAGCGUCAGCACCAACUCCCUCCUCACCACCAAUACCCACCACAACAUCAAUUCCCCCCUCACCAGCAGCAACAGCUAGCUCACCACCAACCGCCUUCUCGUCAACCGCCGCCUCACCAGUCGCAUCAGUUGCAGACUCGUCAACCAGGUCCUCCCCAGGAUCUUUACUCGCCUGAAGAGGAGCCUAGACAACCUCACCGUCGACAGCGGCGCGAUCGUCAGGCGCCGCCCACCGCCAAUCUGGAGGAUCCUUAUGGAUAUGGCGCGCCCCUUGGCCGUGGUGGAUAUGGACAUCCACAGGCUGCGGCGCGCCCUCCCCGUCCAGGUUCGAUGUAUGGUAGAGGCCAGCAGCCCGGCUACCAGAAUCAAAUGGCACCUUAUAUGGGAGGAGGAUACCCUGCUAAUGGCCAAAUGGUGCCAUUCGGUGGUUAUGGAGACCCAACCAGCCCCUACGGUGCUCCUGGCUAUGGUGGAGAAGGAAGAGGCAUGUACGACAUGAUGCCUUAUCAACAACCGCCACCACCACAAAACGGUUUCUACGGUGCUGUACAGCCUCAUCCAUACAGCUUGCAGGCUCAUAUGGGUGGGAUGCAGCUACAACACCGGUCGCCGCCACCGCCUCCAGCCCCCACUGAGCCUCCCGCCAAACCAGCCACGCCAGCUCCUCCCAAGGAGGACCCGGAAAAGAUUCGAUUGGAGGCCGAAAUUGCUGCUUUCAAAGCUAUGGAGGAGAAGGCCAAGGCUGCCGAGAAGCAAAAAGAGGCAGAAGCGCAAAUCCGGAAAGAAGCCGAGGAAGCUUUCCAUCGAAGAAUGGAAGAUAUGAGACUGGCUCAGGAGGAGGCCAAGAAAGAAAUCGAGAAAGCUAGACUGGAGGCAGAGAAGGCAGCUCGCGAAAGAAUGGAAGCUGAGCGCAAGGCCGAGGAGAAGCGUGCACAAGAGCAUGCUCGAGCCAUGGCAGAGGCUGAAGAGAAGGCACGACUCAGGUUCGAAGCCGAGAUGAAGGCCGCUGAAGAUCGAAGAAAGGCUGAAGCCGAGGCUCGAAUUCAGGCCGAAGAAGAUGCCAGGAAAAAGUUUGAAGCCGCUGCAAAGGCAGCCGAAGAACAACGAAAAGCAGAGGCUGAGGCUCGUGCACAAGCUGAGAAGGAUGCCCGUGAGAAGUACGAAGCUGAGAUGAAGGCGGCUGCCGAACAGCGCAAGGCAGAGGCUGAAGCCAAAGCUAAGGCUGAAGAGGAAGCUCGCCUAAAGUAUGAAGCAGAAUUGAAGGCAGCCGAGGAACGUGGUAAGAGGGAAGCCGAAGAGCGAGUCAGAGCCGAACGAGAAGCUCGCUUGAGAUUCGAAGCCGAGCUGAGGGCAGCUGAGGAGAGGAGAAUCAAAGAGGAGGAAGAGCGUAAACAGGCCGAAGAGCUUGCGCGCGUGCGUUUCGAGAAGGCCUUACAAGAGGAGGCGGCAGCCAAGGCCGCCGCUGCGCAGAAGGCACAGGAGGAAGCUGAGCGUCUCAUGAGAGCUGAGCAGCAAGCUAAAGAAGAUGCUGCAAAGAAGGCUGCAGAAGAAGCCGAAAAGCUCAAGAAACUCGAAGAGGACGCCCGCGCAAAGGCAGAAGCGGAUACUCUCAAGAGGAUUGAAGAUGAAAAGAAAAAGGCUGAAGAAGCUGCCGCCGCCGAGGCGGCUGCGAAGCAGGCUGCCGAAGAGCUCAAGGCAAAGAUCGAAGAGGAGACCAAGGCCAAACUCGAGGAAAGCAACAAGACCGCGGAGAAGGCUCCAAUUCGGUUCAAAGAUGCCGUUGGUCGCAAGUUCAGCUUCCCUUUUCACCUAUGCGCCACUUGGCAGGGUAUGGAAGACCUUAUCAAGCAAGCUUUUAUGCAGGUUGAUGUUUUGGGUCCUCACGUUAUGGAAGGUCACUACGAUCUCAUCGCCCCUGAUGGCGAGAUCAUCCUGCCCUCUGUGUGGGAAAAGGUGGUUCAGCCUGAUUGGUCAAUUACCAUGACGAUGUGGCCGAUGGAUAAGCUGCCUCAGUUGGGACCAAAGAUGCCAGGACCUCAUCCUAAGCAUCCCCAUGCUAUCCCUAUCCCACCUGGACGUCCCAUGGGUAUGGGCGUGCCCCCAGGUAUGCGACCACCUAACAUGCCCCCACAUGGUCGAAUGCCAGGAGGAGGAAUUCCACCACCUGCGGGAUGGCCACAUGGAGACAUGCGUCCUGGGCCAGUACCUGAUGUUGUCACGGUCAGCCCUGCGCCUGGCAAGUCAAGCAAGUCCAAGAAGCCAUCCAAGGACCACGGUUCAGGCAUGGCCGGGUUCUUAUUUGGCAAGCCCCAGAAGAAGAGGUCUAGCAGGAAAUGA